GUGGUCAAGGGCUCCUACGUUAGCUUACUGGGAUUGGCAUGGUUUGGACCACUGGGGCUAGCCGUCACCGGGGUAAACCGCACUAGCUUACAAGUGGAUGUGGACGCCAUAUGCAAGGAGUUUCCGGCGGUUUUUGAUGGGAAAUUGGGACAGUAUAUGGGCCCCCCUAUUGCCCUACAGCUGGACCCCGCAGUACGACCUAUCAGGCUCAAGGCCCGUCGUGUCCCGUUCGCCCUGAAACCCCGUAUAGACGAGGAAUUGGACCGGCUCGUGGAGCAAGGAGUGCUGGAGCCUGUGCCUAAUGCCACAUGGGAAACCCCGAUUGUCACACCCGUCAAGCCUAAUGGUUCGGUCCGCAUCUGCGCAGACUACAAAUGUACCAUAAACAAGGCCCUCAUGGCCCACGCAUACACAGUGCCAGUGGUCAGCCAUGUCCUCGCCACCCUGGCUGGGUCAAAUUUUUAUGGCAAGCUGGACUUGGCCCAAGCCUAUCAACAGCUGCCAGUAGAUGAAGCCACAGCAGAGGCACAGACGAUUGUGACGCACAGGGGAGCGUUCAAGGUAAAGCGUCUGCAAUUCGGUGUCAGCGUGGCACCAGGCAUAUUCCAGAAUCUAAUGGACUCGCUGCUUAAAGGGAUUCCUGGUGUCACCCCCUUCUUCGAUGAUGUGUUGAUUGCCGGGCCAACGGCAGUGGAGUUUGAGGACCGCCUUCGCACCGUUCUGCACCGUUUCCAGAUGGCGGGUCUCAAGGUGAAGAGGGAAAAGUGUCUACUAGGAGUGCCUCAGGUGGACUUUCUGGGAUUUAUGGUGGAUGCAGAAGGGGUCCAUCCGACUGGGGACAAGGUACAGGCCAUUUGUGAUGCCCCAGCGCCCAAGGGCAAGACUGAACUUCAGGCCUUCUUGGGGCUAUUGAACUUUUACCAUGCCUUCCUUCCCCAUAAGGCAGCAGUAGCAGAGCCCCUACACAGACUCCUGGACAAGCGGGCCCCUUGGGUGUGGGGCCAGCACCAGGAGGCCGCAUUCCAGGCAGUCAAGGACUUGCUCGUCUCAAACUCUGUCUUGGCACACUUCGAUGAGAGGCUGCCGGUGGUGCUAGCAUGCGACGCCUCACCCUACGGCAUCGGCGCUGUCCUUGGACACCAACUCCCAGAUGGAAGAGAGGUGCCAGUGGCAUACUUUUCCCAGACACUCACCGCAGCCGAGCGGAACUACUUGCAAAUCAAAAAGGAAGGUCUGGCAAUCGUGAAGGGAGUAAAAAAAUUCCAUGAUUUCUUGUACGGGCGGCCCUUUACCGUGGUGACUGAUCACAAGCCGUUGCUUGGUUUGUUUGCCCCCGAAAAGCAGACCCCCCAAGUGCUGUCUCCUCGUGUCCUCAGGUGGUCAAUUUUCCUUGCCAGCUACCAGUAUGCACUGAUUCACCGCCCUGGGAAAGCGAUGGGCCACGCAGACGCCCUCAGCAGGCUACCACUACCAGAAACAGGCCCCGACCCAGCACCCGCACAAGAGGUUAUGAGCCUGGAGUUGCUUCCCGACCGCCCUAUCCAGGCACAAGAAGUUGCACACCAUUCCAAGAAAGAUAGGGUCAUCUCCCGGGUCCUGGACUGGGUGUGGAGGGGAUGGCCCAGCAGCAGCCCCGGGCCAGAAUUCGCUGGCUACACAACCCGUAAACAUGAACUGUCGGCCCACAAGGGGUGCCUGUUAUGGGGAAGCAGGGUCGUCGUUCCUGAACCCCUUCGCAAAAGGGUCCUUGCAGCCCUUCACGAGACACACCCAGGGGUAGUAAGAAUGAAGGCCCUCAGCAGGAGUUAUGUAUGGUGGCCAGGGAUUGACGGAGAGAUAGAGACCUGGGUCAAACACUGCCAGGCCUGCCAAGAAUCCCGCCCAGAUCCCCCAAGGUCCCCAGUGCAGUCCUGGGAGUCCGCCCGAGCACCAUGGUCACGCCUGCACAUGGACUUCGCGGGCCCCUUCCAGGGGAAAACAUUCUUCAUAGUGGUGGACUCCUACACCAAAUGGCUGGAAGUCGCACUGGUACCAUCCACUUCUACAUCCGCAGCCAUCCGGGUACUACGCAGGCUGUUUGCAACCCAUGGACUCCCUGACACUCUCGUCUCAGACAACAGAACCGCAUUUACGUCAGAAGAAUUCCAGACCUUCACAGCGCAGAAUGCCAUCCGCCACAUCCGCUCAGCACCAUUCCACCCUGCCACCAAUGGCCAAGCAGAGCGCAUGGUGCGGACCACCAAGGACAACCUACGC